CACUAUCCGCACCGAGGAGCCGUCGUGACCUGAGAGCGCACGUGCGGUUGUUGUAAACGUUUACCCAUGGCGGGCUCGUUCUCCCAGGAGCUCGAGGAUUUGUUGAAUCCUUUGCCUAAAUUUGCCGAUCCGGAGGAUGACGAAGACGAGGCCACCAAAGCCAAAGUGAUAGAAGGAUUCAACGAGGACGCUGAUGAAGAUGGGGUCGGCCCCAGCGCUCUGCGGAAGCACAGCUCAUCCCUGCUCCAGGAGACUGACACACGGUACGUGGGGAAGACCGUCUCUCGUCAACAGCUGCUGAUGGACAUUGAGGGAUCCGAGGAGGACGAGGACGAUGAUGAAGAGGAAGAGGAGGAGGAGGAGGGCAGCAAUGAAGAAGAGGAUUCCAUGGGGGAUGAUGAAGAGGAUGAUGAAGAGGAUGAGGAUGAGGAGGAGGAGUUGGUUGGCAGUGAUGCACAACUGAAUGCUAAACUGGCAUCUAAGAGAAAGACUGCAGACAUGAGUCUUCCUCAGGGGGUGGACUUCCAUGAACUGACAGAGGGCAUGGACGACCUGGGAGUGAGUGAAGAUGAUGAUGAUGGCAGCAGCGAUGAAGAUGACGGCUCUGAUGAUGAUGAUGAUGACAUGGAAGAGGAGGAUGAUGAAGAUGAGGGAACUGUUCGCACAUUUUCUAAACAGAAAGUGGACGAGGAGGUGGAGAAGGGGAAGGCUGUGAAGAACCAGCUGGCCCUGUGGGACCAACUGCUCGAGGGCCGAAUCAAAAUCCAGAAGGCUCUGGUGACGGCCAACCAGCUCCCGCAGCCGCAGACCCUCCCCGAGUUCAAGAGGAGGGGUGGAGCCGAGCUCGCGGGGGAGCUGAAGAAUACCCACAAAGCUCUGAAAGCCCUCCAGCGAUCCCUGCUGGAGCUGCACGACCAGCUGCUGUGCCAGAGCGCGGACACGAGGGCCAUCGCUCAGGGUGAAGACGAGGAGAUAAACAGUGAUGAGGAUGAGGAGGGGUCGGUGCAGGAGGGUGGAGCGCCUAAACGAAAACUGGAGAUGGCAGAGUACCCGGACUUCAUGGCCAAACGGUUUGCUGCCUUCCAGCCGUACCGAAACGCCACUCUGCAGAAGUGGCACGACAAAACCAGACUGACUAUGGGCAAAAGCAGCAAGGGCUUCGGGGCGUUCGACAGAAACAUAUUGACACAGGUGGAGCAGGUGCUGACGGACAAUGAGAGGCUGGUGCGGCGCACCCAGACCCGACGCUCAGAGUACAGGAUCCUGGGGAAAAAAGAGGCCUCUGCUCUCACCUCUGAGACCACCUUCACAGAGGGAGAGGAGGCGGAGCAGCAGCUGAAAGCCAACACGCAUCUGAAGGACCUGGACGAGGAUAUAUUUGACGAUGAUGAUUUCUACCACCAGCUACUGAGGGAGCUGAUCGAGCGCAAGACGAGCGCAGCGGACCCCAAUGACCAGGUGGCGAUGGGCAGGCAGUGGCUGGCCAUCCAGAAGUUGCGCAGCAAGAUCAAGAAGAAGGUGGACACCAAAGCCAGCAAGGGCCGUAAAGUCAGGUUCCACAUCCACAGUAAGCUGGUGAACUUUAUGGCUCCUAUUGACCACAGCUCCAUGGGCGACGAGGCACGCAGCGAACUGUACCGUGGCCUCUUUGGCCAGAACUCCGCAGCCAGGGAGUGAGGAAGGAGGUAGUACUCACCGAGCCUGAUUACAAACAAAGAAGUGCCCUUUUUCACUUAGCCAGGAGUGAUGCCAAGCUGGGACAGAGACUGGGCCUGCUCCGGGUCAGAAGAGGCUCUUCAGAGGGCCGACAGCCAUGGUGCUCUGACUUUACAGGAUAUGGACUUACAGGGCACGUCCAGUUCUUAUUAAGUACUGAGUAGCAUUUUCAGUAUAUGUUGUUUAUGUACAGAAAACACUGUAUGUUCAUCUUGUCACAGAGUCUCAUAUGAUUCAAGUAAAGUGCCUACUUCAAA